AUGGGGAGCCCAGCAGGGGCUAUUCUUGUCACAGACUGGAAUAUGACAGAAUGUGGAUCCAGAAUGGAAUCCAAGCCCGCCUGCCCCGUCCAGUCGACGGCCGCCCGGGACUCGUCCUCCCGCGGCCCCGACCGCCGCGGGGGCUCUUCGCCGCCCCCUGCGCUGGGCAGCAUCGCGCAGGACAUGGUAGCUGUCCACAUGCUUAAGCUCUACGAGAAGUACAACCGGGAAGGGAGCCGUCCCGGCGACGGCAACACGGUCCGCAGCUUCAAAGCCAGGCCGGAAUUCUUGGCCCAGAAGCCAUUGUACUGCUUCAAUCUAACAUCCAUGCAGGAUUCAGAGAUGAUCCUUGCUGCCACUUUUCACUUCUACACUGAGAAACGCCCUCGGCACCGAGAAGUGUUUUGUAAGCGGUCCAAGAACUCAUCCUGCCGCCUCCUACACACACCUCCGAUCCUGCAACUCAAUCUCAUUUUCCAAAGCAUUCAUCAGAAUUCCGCCUAUGGACUACUGAAAGGGAAUAUCACUAUGUUUCUUCAAAGACGAGGGGCUUGGCAUGCAAAGGACAUUGCACACAUCAUAAAAGAAUCAAAACUCGCUGGAGAGCUCAUUCUCUGCGCUGAACUUGACACUGGGGAGAAAUACCAGGGCUUCCCUGAACAGGUUACCAGUCAUUUACCUUAUAUACUAGUUUAUGCCAAUGAUCUUGCAAUCUCUGAACCUAACAGUGUGGCAGUCACCCUACAACGUUAUGAUCCAUUCCCUUCCAAUGAUGGGGACCCAAAUGUAUCCACUAAUGCUUCUACUGAUACCCGAGUAAGGAGGGAUACAUACCUCUCUAGCUCUAUUCAGAACAAUGAGUUGCCAGAAGUAGAUUAUAACAACAAUAAAUACAACAAACAUGACAUAUGGGAGAAUGCCUACAAGUCCUUGAAACCAAAAGCCUCACGCAAAGACCGAAGGAGAAAAGGGCAAGAAAAUGCAGAAACACUUACAAAGUCUCAGGUGCUGAAUUUUGAUGAGAAAACAAUGAAGAAAGCAAGGCGAAAACAAUGGAAUGAGCCAAGGAUUUGUUCAAGAAGAUACAUGAAAGUUGACUUUGCUGAUAUUGGCUGGAAUGAAUGGAUCAUAUCUCCCAAAUCAUUUGAUGCCUACUACUGUGCAGGGGCAUGUGAAUUUCCAAUGCCCAAGAUUGUCCGGCCAUCAAAUCAUGCUACAAUCCAGAGCAUCGUAAAAGCAGUAGGAAUCAUUCCCGGCAUCCCAGAACCCUGCUGCGUUCCUGAUAAAAUGAGCUCACUCAGUGUCCUGUUCUUGGAUGAGAACAAAAAUGUUGUUUUAAAGGUAUAUCCCAAUAUGUCGGUUGAAACUUGCGCCUGCCGAUAAGCUCAUACAAACACAUCUUUAAUAAGAUCUACACAUCUGCCCAACUACAAUGGGAAAGCUGUAAAUGGGAAAUCCACUUGUGUUGAUUGAAUGAAUGCAAGUCUACAAUUCCUCUACAGAAAGCAUGCGGAGAGACUAAAACAAUACACGUGCUCACUUUGAAAGAUAUGUUUUACCAUCGUUAUCAGUCUUUCAUGUUCAUCUCUCAGAAACUCAAUAAUUUUACAAAUGCCUUCCUAACCCAUAUAUCCAAGACACCUGUUUUUUAGCAAGAAAUUUAAGUGUAAAGUUUUCCAUAACCAAAGGACUAAAAUAUGUUUUUAUAUGCUACUUUUAUGACCAUUUUAUCUCUUCAGUUAACUGAGAAGAUGGGAAUUGAAUCUGAAAAGUCAGGCUUAUUUUAGGAUAUCACUUUUGUACAAAAGUCAAUAUCUUCUGCCUAAAAAACUCAUACU